CUGGCAACGCCAAAAAAACGCCAUACUUCCAAGAGCAUUUUUCGGGGCGAGUUUACAUUUUGCGGAUAAUUGUGGAAAAAGCGGUAAAAGAACGUGCUAACACGAACCCAAAAAUCGCUGCCUAAAUGUGGUCAUCACGUGUGACAAGAACGCCACGUUUAAAACGCUGAAACCUUUAGCUUCUGGCCAAAAAAAGAGCGGUUCACUGCGAGGGCGAGCAAAGAAAAUUAAGUGUGGUGGGAAUCGGAAUCGGAAUCGGGAUUCUACGCAUUGUACGCCGUAUCAGCUGAAGAAGAGAUUGUGUGCACCUCAAGCGACGCAAACAAAACUAGAUCAAAACAAAACAAAAGCGCUCGGAUAACUAUGAGAUCGUAGGACCAGUACAGACUUCGCAGAAUUCACUUCGACCGACAUGGAGAAGCGGUUCAAGUGGCCGCUCAAGCAGCGGGCCAAUCAUUCUGAGUCGUCGCCCUAUCACCACAAUCCGUCGCGUGGCUACCAGUGGCAUCAGCACGGGCAUCCCAAUCAGAACCAGACGCUGCACGCGCACCAGCAUCAGCAGCAUCCCGGCAAGAAUUAUGCGCGCCGCCAUCAUGGACCCAAUAGCUAUCGCAAGCCACUGGCGCCUCCGCCGCCCCCUCCUGAUGUUCAGGUGGGGGGCGGGGCCAUGGCGCCACCCUCUUCCGGCGGGUCAGUGGGUGCUGGCGCCGAUGUGGUGACCCUAAUCGUGGAGAACAACAAUCUGAAGCGCAUGAUUGUGCUCCAUUUAAAACUGAUGCAGGAGCAAACCGAUAGUCUGGCGGCCAAGGACAAGGAUUUGGACGACCAAAAUGGGAAGCUGGGCAUUGUGCGUGCGCAGAAUCAGGAACUGAAGCUGGCUGUCGCCAAGCUGGAGGCCGAGAACGAGGAUCUGCGCAAGCAGCUGCGAAGGAAAAACCAGCGGCGGAACGAUGAUGACGACGACGACGAUGAUCACUUACUGCCACCUGCUGCCCCGCAGCAGAAGGUGAUCCGCUGCCACGCCGAGACGCAAACUGUGCUCCGGGAGCGGGAACAGAGCACCCAGACGAUUGACUUGCAGCCACAACAGGCGGAGGUGGAACCCAGGAUCCUGUCGGUGGAACAUUUGCCAGCAGUGCCCCUUCAUGCUGGCGCGGUCACGAAUCUGCCAGUCACAAAGCGCUUAGAGAGCAAAGGACGCGGCGAGUUUAAUGGCAAAAAGGUUAGCACCUUCAUCCUGCAGCGCAUGAAUCAGGACUUUAAGCAUCAUAUCCAGGAGGAAAAGGACCAUGGGGAAGAGCAGACGAAGCAGGAAGACGAAGAGCAUUUGCCGGAGGAGGACGACCAUGUUCGGGAGGAGAUUCACCUGCGGGGGGACGACGACCAUCUGCAGAUGCAGGAAGUGCAAGGUGAGGAAGUCGUCGGGGGCGAUAUCUUCCACGAUGCUCUGGACGCCAUUGAAAUGGAGGUGGUCAGCGAGGAGCUGGUGGAUUUGGAGGAGCAUGUACAGUCUGUGGAUGCCAACGGCCAUAUGGAGGAAGACGAUGACGAAGAAGAGCAGGAAGAUUCGGAGGAAGAGGACGAUAGCGAAGAGGACGAUGAAGACGAGGAGGAUGCCCAAUCUGUAACCAGCAAUAUGGUUAUACACUAUCAGCCUGAAAGCGAUCUCUGGCAGAAUCAGAUAAACUCUAUGGAAUUGGAUAUGACGGACGAGAAAGUUAUAGCGCCUUCGGCCCAUUCAACGCCCAACCAUCAGCAGAAUUCACUGGCGGAGGUUAGGGAGGAGGUGGAAGAGGAGCAGGGUCGCAUAAGCGAUGAACAGAUACAACUGGAGCCUGAACAAAGGGUGGAAAAACAAUUGGAUCAGGAAGUGGAGGCUGGUGAACCAAUGAAGGUCGACACCGUCGCGAUCGAGGCAGAAAAGAUGAGACAAGAAAAGUCUGAGAUAGCAGAACAUGCACUGAAAACGCUGCUUUUCCUGCAAAACGUCGCGCUCAAGCAGAAAGAACAGGAUCAGCAGCCAGCAAGCUUGUCGGAAACACCUAAGGAGCAGAAACGGCGUCCGGAUGAAGCCACGGAGGAUCGCAAAGCAAUCAAGAAGCAUCAGGACGUUCGCCAGGAGCAAGAGACGCACCAGGAAGUUCCUAAGGUGCAAAAUAAGCAUCACGAAGUUCCCAAGGAGCAACGCAAGCAUCACGAUGUUCCCAAGGAGCAACAUACGCGUCACGAAGUUCCCAAGGCGGAGCUUAAAACCCCAGAUCCACCCAAGGACCAAAAGGGGCAGGAUACGCAAGGCGAUGAUCGCAAGAAACAGCUAGAGGAUGCACGCAGGGAACUUAUCAAGAAGCAACUGAAAGUUGUACCCGAACAGCUCCCCAGCGCGGUGGCGCCUAAAGUAGCUGCGGUUACUAAUCCAUCUGCUAAGCAAGCCAUAUUGCCAAAGGCUCUCACCGCUGAUAUAAAAGGUGUACCUGCUCAAAAGACUAUUGCCAACCAUCAGUCCACUAAGACUCAAACGGAUCCAUUGAAAACGCAGCGUUUACAAGUUAAGAUCAGGCAGUAUGAAAUGUUCUCUGACAAGAAGGUCAGCUCCUCCGAUUCGAGAAAACGCAAAAACAAUGAACACGAACAAGAGCCCGAGACAAAGGUCACGAAACAUAUGUUGGUUAAUGAUAAGAAGACUAUCACGGAGAAGGCUAAAAGCCAAGAUCAGGACUUGGAUCACGUCGAAACUGUGAAGCGGAAACUGGCAGAACAUUUAAAGAAGGAGCUCCUUAGCCAGUGCCACCAGUCACCAGUUGCUGUUAAGAAAAUUGUGAAGGAGAGGACGGUCACAAAUCUAAUAUAUCCACCACCAAAUACAUCCGUAUCCUCUACUACAAUAACCCCAGCGCCCACGCCGUCGACAACACCCACGCCGGGCUCCACGCCUCAGCCGACACUCACAUCCUCAAUGGAACUAGAAAUAACUGCGGCAAAAUCUAAAUCGAAGGCAGCUGAACAGAUAGCAACUCCUCUGACACCUCAAUCCAAUAGCAGCGUUAGCAGUAGCACUUCCACAACCCGAAAAACACUUAACAACUGUUCACCCCACACGUAUAGCAAGGCAACGGCGAGAUCUGGAAAAUCAAAGUCCAUAUUCCGCACCGCCACGUUUCCGUACAGCACGAGAACGUGGGAGGAUCAGGAGUUCCACUGCGACAACGAGUUCUUCCUGGAGGAGGCCGACGAGCUGCUGGCGGACAAUCCUAGUCUGGAGAUACCCAAGUGGCAGGAUAUCCCAGUGCCGCCCAGUUCCGAUAAAAGUGAUACAGAAGCGCUGAGCGAUGCCGAUUUCGAGCGGCGGCAUCAGAAGUAUGUAAAGGAUGAGAUCGAUCGAAAGUGCCGGGAUGCACGGUACAUGAAAGAACAGAUACGGCUCGAAGGGUUAAGGAUGCGUCGCAAUCAAGACGAGGUGUUGGUUGCGCUUGAUCCCCUGCCCACGUCCACCUUCUACCCGCUGCCCGAGGACAUCGAGGGGAUCCAAUUUGUCUCCGAGGUCCCAGUUCAAGCGUUCGGUGAAAAUAUGGUCAACAUGGAGGCGCGAGAUGAUUUCGGAGUCGCCUGGGUGGAUGCUGUCGAGGCGCCUACCUCCAUAGCCAGGUCCAAGGCGCUUGCUGAGCCGGUGGCAACGUUGGCCAGCAAAAAACUGCCCACCACCGCCGCCGAGGCGAGGCAUCAAGAAAAACACUCCUCCUACGUGUUUCCAAAGCGACGCAAGCGCCAGAAGAAUCGUUAGCCUGUUCGCCCCUGGAGGAUCUGUUACGGGAGCUGAGCUGACGAGUGGCGGUUGGGCGGAGGACGUUGCGUUUACCAUGCUGAUGAUUUUCAUUUUCUAGUUUUUAGUUACUUCUUAAGCGUGAAAGUGAGAGCACCAGAGUUAACAGUAGCGAAUCCCAGAGAUCGUCAAGUUGUCAUGUAAUCCAGAUCAGACGAUGUUGAUUGUAUAUAUGGUUCCAGAGCUUUUUCCUUUUUUAUUUGUGUUAUGAAAAAAGCGGAAAAGUUGAAGAAAUUUUUUUGUACUUUUAAAACGUUUAAAAUUCCACGAGAGAUCAUUAAACGACUGCAAAUUGAGGUGUCCUAUUCCAACAUUUUUUAUACAGAAUUGUUAUUUUUAUAUCAAUGAAAUAUUAAAACGCGGUGUAAAAGUUCAAGUCAAAUUUGUUGCAGACACAAUAUUUUUCAACUUCCUAAACCUUUUGUCCGUCGUCUGGUCUGGAAAUGUUUAGUUUUAGUUACCAUCUUGCAAUCCGUAGAAAUUCUAAAGAGUUUCAUUCUAGCUAUUUGCUUUUACGUAAUUUACUUAGGGUCGAUUUCUCAAUGUAUUGUUAAGUUAUUUUCCAGCUUCGAAAACAUGUACUUUCUUAAAAAAAAUUAAUUUCAAGUUAACUUUAUCAGUCAGAUUUCAAACUAAAACUUUGGGAAAUCGACCCUUAGUCCCACAUAAUGUGUAAUCUAAUCCAGUCGAUAAGUUAGAUCGGAUAAAACAUCUCAGCUUUAUCACCCUUAAGAUCGCCCGCACUGAAGUGAUAAAGAAACAGAAAGGAUAUAAUGUUCAAUGGGCUGUUUUUUUGGCGAAACACAAUGAAAUUCGUAGACUUCUAUUUUUAAAUAUUUUUUUUCCUAGCUCGUAUAACACAUUUUUUGUCUUUAUUUAUACUAUGUUAUGUCAAGACGAUACUCUAAUGUAGACAUCGAGUGUGUUGCGAAGAGUUACUCAGGUAUAUCUCUGAUAAUUUUUUUUCUUUUUUUUUUUUUUGAUGGUUUGAUUGUCUGUAAAAAUUGUGUGCGAGUUGUUGUCUGCUUAGAGUUAUCGGAUUUUACUUUAAACUUAUUGUUUUAUUUUAUUAACUUCUUUGAACUUGUUUUAUGUUUUACCAAAAAACAAAAACGGUCGUGAAAGCAAACAAGAUUUGAAAAAUAAAUAUGAACCUGAUUCCCAA